GAUUAAUCCUGCGAGAUGACGCGGCGGAAUCCCAGUCCUCCCUCUCCUUCUCUCUCUCAUUUUUCUCCGUCGUCGCUCAAAGUCUCUGCAACGAACGAUUCUCUCUCAUCUUCGCUCAGCAUGGCUAACAGGCACACUAUUAUACUGAUGCAAACUUCUCAGAACAGAGCAACUAGAACAUUUAUGGAUUACGACUCAAUAAGUCAAGCCAUGGAUGGUAUAUGUGGACUAUAUGAGAGGAAGCUUAAGGACCUAAAUCCAGCCAACCAAAACAUCACUUAUGACAUUGCAGAUCUCUAUAAUUUCAUUGAUGGCCUGGCGGAUAUGAGUGCACUAGUUUAUGAACAUUCAAUUCAGGCAUACCUGCCAUAUGAUCGACAGUGGAUUAAACAGCGGACGCUUCAACACCUCAGGAGAAUGGCACAUUAAUAAUAUGCUGCUGACCCGUUUCUCUAGUUAUUUUCCCAGGUAUCAUCCCUAAGAAAAAAUUGUAUGAAGAACAGAAUUAAGAGUAUUAUUUGGGCUUCCUUGUUGGUGCCGAGGCUAUCAAAUGUAAAAAUUAUACUCACUGCAGGAUGUAUUUUUUUAGAAUGGGGGGUGGCUUUCUGCUGGAGUAUUCACAUUAAGACCUGACCAACUAAUUGUGGCUUGUGUAGUUGCCCUUUUUGGGAAGCUUAAGCUUGAGACUUGAUAUGGAACACUAUGUACCUUAAGUAAAAACUUCAUGGCAUGGUUGUUGUCGAAUGGUUGUGAGCUU